GCUUUGUUUUGGGGUCCUUCCUUGCAGCUCCGCGCCAGUCGCGCUGCAGUCGCUCAUCAGAAGCUUUUUGAUGUUUCCAGUUUUUGCUGUUUUUCCCUUCAUAUUUUAAUUUCGCUGCUAAUUAAUCAUCGGAUUUGUGUUUGUACAGCAGCAAAGAUGAAUCUGGAGCUGCUCGAAUCGUUCGGGCAGAAUUACCCAGAGGAGGCUGAUGGCACUCUGGACUGCAUCAGUAUGGCUCUGACCUGCACGUUUAACCGUUGGGGGACGCUGCUUGCAGUCGGCUGUAACGACGGACGCAUCGUCAUCUGGGACUUCCUGACACGAGGAAUCGCCAAAAUCAUCAGCGCACACAUACACCCCGUCUGCUCGCUCAGUUGGAGCAGAGACGGACACAAGCUAGUCAGCGCCUCCACGGACAACAUCGUGUCUCAGUGGGACGUCCUGACGGGAGACUGCGACCAGCGCUUCCGCUUCCCCUCGCCCAUCCUCAAGCUGCAGUACCACCCCAGAGACAUGGACAAGGUGCUGGUGUGUCCCAUGAAGUCCGCGCCCGUCCUGCUCACGCUGUCCGACUCCAAACACGUUGUGCUGCCGGUGGACGACGACUCGGAUCUGAACGUGGUGGCAGCGUUCGACCGGCGCGGGGAGUACAUUUACACCGGCAACGCCAAGGGAAAGAUUCUGGUGCUGAACACAAACACACAGGACCUUGUGGCGUCAUUCAGAGUGACGACAGGAACCAGCAACACCACCGCCAUCAAAUCCAUCGAGUUCGCACGCAAGGGCAGCUGUUUCCUCAUUAACACGGCAGACCGCAUCAUCCGAGUGUACGACGGCCGAGAGAUCCUGACGUGCGGCAGAGACGGAGAACCUGAACCCAUGCAGAAACUACAGGACCUGGUCAACAGGACGCCGUGGAAGCGCUGCUGUUUUUCGGGUGACGGCGAGUACAUCGUGGCGGGUUCGGCGCGGCAGCACGCACUCUACAUCUGGGAGAAGAGCAUCGGGAACCUGGUGAAGAUCCUCCACGGGACACGAGGAGAGCUACUGCUGGACGUCGCCUGGCAUCCGGUGCGGCCGAUCAUCGCGUCCAUCUCCAGCGGUGUGGUGUCCAUUUGGGCCCAGAACCAAGUGGAAAACUGGAGCGCGUUUGCGCCGGACUUUAAAGAGCUGGAUGAGAAUGUGGAGUACGAGGAGAGAGAAUCAGAGUUUGACAUCGAGGACGAGGACAAGAGCGAACCAGAGCAGACCGGUGCGGACGCUGCGGAGGACGAGGAGGUGGACGUCACAUCAGUCGAUCCAAUCCCAGCAUUCUGCAGCAGUGACGAGGAGCUGGAGGACUAUAAAGCGCUGCUGUAUCUGCCCAUCGCUCCAGAGGUGGAGGACCCUGAGGAGAACCCGUUCGGUCCUCCGCCUGACGCUGCGGGUCAGAAUGCCACACCCGAUGAUGGCUCCGCCCACAGCGGCCCCGGCGACAAAAAACAGCGACAGCCCUCGUCUGAUGGAGGGCCGCCCAAGAAGAAGAUCCGCACCACAACCAUCGAGCUGCAGGGCGUCCCGAACGACGAGGUCCAUCCGCUGCUGGGUGUGAAGGGUGACAGUAAGUCCAAGAAGAAGGCGGCGGGGCGGCCCAAGGGAUCUAAAGGUAAAGACAAAGACUCUCCGUUCAGACCCAAAGUCUGCCGGGACAGAGCAGAGGGGCUGGUGGGGACGCCAGGAAGUCUGGUCGCGGCGGCGUACAAGCAGCAUGAGGUUCAGGGUUUGGACUGAAGCUGAGGGCCUCCAGCGCCCCCUGUCUGUGUGGAUGAAUGAGGUCGCUCUUUUUAUGGACUCUAUGGACUGGAUUUGUGUUGUAUUUUUACAGAAGGACGUUACGGCUCGACGCCACCGCAGUUUGAAGCCCGUCUGAUCAGUUUCCUCGGAUAGAGAGAGUGAUAGGAAGAGGGGAUCAUUUAUUUUUUUUUAUUUAGAGUAGAUGGAUCUGUCUCUGUGUUUAAGCACUAGUUGGGUCACAUGUCUUAUAUUUGUUUUGUGUUUUGCUUUUUCUGAGACUGGUCGUGUUUUUUAUACAUAUUAAACCAGUUUUGUUUUUUGA